AUGAGUAGAGUCUUGUUCCAGUCUACCUCGCCCUACGCCCACACAGUCAACAUCACGAAACGUUGGGCUGCAUCACUGGGCAUUUGGGGUGUGGGUGCUGGCGCUGGGGCUUUCCUGUUCCUUUCCGUCACUCCGCUCGUUCGGCGCGAAGUGCUCGUUAAGAUACCAGUACUCAACUGGUACUACGAAGACAAAACACCAGCAUCGGACAAGCCCUUCUAG